GCCAUUGAUCCGCUCCGUGUCGAUAUCUAUCUUGAGAUGGAUUAAAUGUAACUAUAUAUCUGCCAGGCAAAUAACCUCUGCUAAAUAAACUUUGUCUUCCCUAAUUCUGUCUAACAACAAAAUCAUUGUAUUCAUCAAAGUCUGUCUCGCUGCCGAACACGUUUUGAAAGAAUGUUUACAUCGUCCGCCAUGAUUGAUCGAUGCUUCACUCUCGCCGAGGAAACCCUCAUUAUUAUUGAAAAAUGACAUCAGUAACUUUCCCAAACUAACCAAUCGCUGUUGGAAUUAUAUUUUGAUAUCACAGGGAAUCACCAUAAUACGUUUUCUGAUUGGUUGGUUAAGCUAGCUAUAUUUAUUUGAAACACUCAUCGUUGUCUCAAAUGGUUAAGACCCGAGAGAAUCCGCAAGUAUUGAAUAUGAAGGUAACUCCCGAGAGCAUUCAAAGUAUUUUGUAUGCUGUCGGUGCGUUCGUUACAAGGCACAUUCAUAUUGGUGUUACCGCUGGGGGAAGCAGCAGGUAAAAAAAAAAAAAAUAGCAAAGGUCCAAAAAAUUGUUUGAGUCGCGGCUAUUUUAGUGAGUCGGUCGGGUAACCACAAACAAACAAUUUUUUAAUGAUGGCCUAGUAACCACUCCAUGUUGGGGGUACAUGCCUCUGCCCAGGCUAUCAUACACUUUGGCAAGAUUGCCCGCAAACACAACCUGACAGGCGUGUGUCUCGACUCCCUCAGCAGAAUCCACACAAUACCAAGUGUACCCAUAGUGGAUUGUUUCCAGAAAAUCCGCCAGCAAGUCAAGUGUUACCUCCAGAUGUCCGGGGCAAUGGGCAAAACUGAACUCAAUGAGGGUUUGGAGGUGAUCGAAUCAACAAACCUCAAGUAUUUCACUAAAGAGUUCACUGCAGAGUUUUACGCUCUCAAAGGCAUGUUCUUAGCCCAGGUUGGGCGAUCCGACGACGCCAACAAGGCAUUCUCUGCGGCUGUCCAGAUGCAUGACACUUUGGUAAAGGCAUGGGCACUCUGGGGCGACUAUCUCGAGACUGUGUUCACUCGGGAAAAACAAAUGAACCUGGGUGUUUCGGCCAUCACGUGCUUCCUGCAUGCCUGUCGUCACCAGAAUGAGAGCAAAUCCCGUAAAUAUCUCGCCAAAGUGCUUUGGUUGUUGACAUAUGACGAUGAAAAGACUACGUUGGCUGAGGCCGUCGACAAAUACUGUGUUGGGGUACCGCCCAUACAGUGGUUACCAUGUGAUAUUGUAGAGAAAACUGGUGUAGGGUUCUCACCAGCCUUCUCUAGAAGACUAAUGAAUGCUCCCCGUGCACACCCUCAGAGGCUCUCGGACCCACAAAUUGAGGAGAGAUCUCUGUGUGACUGCACGCCCCCCUUGAGGGACUUUAAGUUCCAUCAGCACCAGAGUGCCUGGAACUCUAAACCCUCCUUCCGAGAAUUAGAGAAUUCCGAUAUUUCAUCAAGUAUAUAA